UAAUAGAAAGGCCUCAACGUUUCUCGAAAUUGAAUAGCCAGAAUCUUCUGGAACCUCUCUCUCUCUCUCUCACUCUCUCUAUACUAUAAGCCCUAGCUUGUCUUACCUCACUCCCACCAAACCCCUAACAACAAACUUCAUUGCUUCUUCAACUCCGCAAUAACCCUUCUUCUACAGAAAUGGCGUCGGCUAAUGCAAUCUCCACCGCCUCCAUCCUCCCUUCCUCCUCUAAACAGGACGGGUUGAAGAAUAGGAAGGUGAACCAGCUGUCGCAGCAGGGGCAGAGGAUCGGGCAGAAGCAGUCGAAGAAUCGGUUUGUGGUGAGGGCUAAUGCCAAGGAGAUCGCCUUUGAUCAGAAAUCGCGGUCUGCGAUGCAGUCCGGGAUCGAUAAGCUCGCCAACGCCGUCGGCCUCACUCUUGGUCCCAGGGGAAGGAACGUUGUCUUGGAUGAGUUUGGAUCCCCUAAGGUGGUCAAUGAUGGGGUUACAAUUGCACGUGCCAUUGAGUUACCUGAUGCUAUGGAAAAUGCUGGCGCUGCUUUGAUUAGGGAGGUUGCUAGCAAGACAAAUGAUUCCGCUGGUGAUGGGACUACUACAGCAUCUGUUCUUGCACGUGAAAUUAUCAAACUUGGCCUCCUCAGUGUUACAUCCGGUGCCAAUGCAGUUGCUGUAAAGAAAGGCAUUGAUAAAACUGUGCAGGGUUUGGUUGAAGAGCUUGAGAAGAAGGCUAGGCCCAUCAAGGGUCGGGAUGAUAUUAAAGCCAUUGCCUCCAUCUCUGCUGGGAACGAUGAGACAAUUGGGACAAUGAUCGCUGAUGCAAUUGACAAGGUUGGACCGGAUGGUGUUCUGUCCAUUGAGUCAUCAUCCUCCUUUGAAACCACCGUCGAUGUAGAAGAAGGAAUGGAGAUUGACAGAGGAUAUAUCUCUCCGCAAUUUGUCACAAACCCCGAGAAGCUGACUGUUGAGUUUGAGAAUGCUCGGGUAUUAGUUACAGACCAGAAGAUCUCAGCAAUCAAGGACAUCAUUCCUUUGUUAGAGAAAACUACUCAGUUAAGGGCACCUUUGCUCAUUAUUGCUGAAGAUGUCACCGGAGAAGCUUUGGCAACUCUCGUUGUAAACAAGCUCCGAGGUAUUGUAAAUGUGGCUGCCAUCAAAGCCCCUGGAUUUGGAGAACGGAGGAAAGCUCUUCUUCAAGAUAUUGCCAUUUUGACUGGAGCUGAGUAUCAAGCUACUGAUUUGGGAUUGCGCGUGGAAGACACUGAUAUCGACCAGCUGGGUAUCGCUAGAAAGAUAACCAUCACCAAGGACUCCACAACCUUGAUCGCCGAUGCUGCAUCCAAGGAUGAGCUGCAGGCUAGAAUUGCUCAACUUAAAAGGGAGUUGUCCGAGACUGAUUCUGUUUAUGACUCCGAGAAACUUGCUGAGAGAAUCGCCAAGCUAUCCGGUGGUGUUGCAGUGAUCAAAGUUGGUGCUGCAACUGAGACUGAGCUUGAGGACCGCAAGCUCCGUAUCGAAGAUGCCAAGAAUGCAACUUUUGCUGCCAUCGAGGAAGGCAUCGUGCCCGGUGGCGGAGCUGCAUUGGUUCAUCUCUCGACUUAUGUCCCACGGAUUAAGGACAAGCUUGAAGACGCCGAUGAGCGACUUGGUGCUGAUAUCAUACAAAAGGCUUUAGUAGCACCAGCAGCUUUGAUUGCCCAUAAUGCUGGGGUGGAAGGAGAGGUAGUUGUGGAGAAAGUGAGGGCCAAGGAAUGGGAGUUCGGUUACAACGCUCUCACGGAUUCGUACGAGAACUUGGUAGAAUCUGGAGUUAUUGACCCGGCCAAGGUGACGAGAUGCGCACUGCAAAAUGCAGCUUCAGUUGCUGGAAUGGUGCUCACCACCCAAGCCAUCGUUGUCGAGAAAGCCAAGCCUAAAGCAGCCGCCGCGGCUGGCCAGCCACCAGCAGGCAGCUACUCAGUCUAAUCUGGGAAAUUUUUGGUGUACUAGUUAAGGAGUGAGUGAGCAGAAGAGGGAUUGUUUUGGUGUGUGUAUGUGUGUUUUUGAGUGAGCUGAAUUUCAUAUAUUGUUCCACACCAAUCAAUUGAUUUCAAAUGACUUCAAAAUGUAGUGCUAGAUAAUAAAAUGACUCUCCUUGCAUCC